GCAGUUUUGAGCCAAGAUUGUAUUCUACUGGUUGAUGAUUUUUCGCCGCAUCGCACGCCAUCAGGAAAUGGAAGGAAAUUUUUCCUCUCUCCUCUCGCAGCAGGAUCAUCAUCGACGCAAGAAUUGGAAACGCAGAAAACUCAGCCAGGGAAGAAGGCCAGUGUCAAGUUCAGGAAAAAGAUGCUGGAAUUCGUUACGGGCGAGUUGAAGCCUAUUUCGAAAAGUCAAGGAGAAGAAAAUGGUUCGGAUUGCUUGCAACUUCUGUACCACCGUGCUGUGAGGAAUUGGCUUCUGCUCGUGUAUUCUCGGGAGGUUGUUAUCCUAGAUCUCCAGUUUUGUGUCACUCUUUCUUUCAUGGCCCUGGAACCGUCAUCAUCCCCUUUAGUUCAGGUUAUAUCAUGCCGAGAGCCUGAUCUGUUCUUGUGCUUGCAUGAAUCCGGGCUCGUCAGUGCAAGAGGAAAGAGGCUAAUACCGGGAAAUGGUACUUAUUCGCAAGAGGCUAAGAGAAAAUCGAUCUCCGGGAAACCAGCGAAUGAUCGAAAUGGAUCAGAGCUUUUUUAUGAAACCAAAUGCCAAGGAGACUUCGUUCGAACUACAAAGAAUCAGCGUGUCGCGUGCUUUAUCAAUCACCCGUUCACAGAGAAUCGAUUGGCUGUGUUGUUGACAAAUGGGAUCUUGGUGCUCGCCGAACUCGUGGCGCGAGUGAACUCAGAAGAUGAUGAACCGGUUUACAGUGACCCGAAGAAGUUUCAAGCCACCUACGAUCUGAAGGACUACGGGUUUUUGUGUGGCUUAACCGCUUACAAUCAAGUGUGUAGGAUGUGCCCUCCUGUUACAACCAAGAAUUGGCAGGCGUACAAACCUUAUAUGGCCGUUGGUUCUCAGAAUGGUUCCAUUUCGAUUGUUAAUGCUUCAUCAGGCGUCGUCGAAAAAGAAUUUUCCACACACUCAUUUCCUGUGAGGGGAAUUGAGUGGACCGGUUUGCAGAGUUUUUUGUCAUAUGCCUGCGGAUCAUCCUCAUCAACGCCAGCCAGCACUCCUGUUACUACUCAAGCAUCCGUUACGAACGAACUUGUUCUGACGACGAUCGCCACUGGGGAAAGUGUGCGGCUGCGCGGGGAUAGAGGAGACGAGGAACCAAUCAAGCUCAUUCGUGUUUCACAUCUCAAACAAUAUGCUUUGGUGGGCUUUCAAGAGAAACCGUUCGAGCUUUGGGAUCUGCGUUCUCUGAAUCCGUUGAGAAGUUUACCUGCGAAGUUGCAGCUAAAUAUUUGUUCACUGGAAUGGUCGCCGGUUAACAAUCACAAAUUCGGUCCGAAGCAUUCCGUUUCCGGCUACCAGUUGUCCGCGCUUCUGCUGAAACCUCAUCUGACCCCACCAACUUCUCCGGACUCCAUUCCGACUGUUUUCAGUGAUACUGGACCGAAAGAUAUCGCUGGAGUCCUGGAGCAUUUCAUUCUGACAGAUCCUGUUGGAAAUAUUUGGCACUUCGGGGUGGAGGCACAAGGGUUGAAGGACCUGCAAAAAUAUGCGAGCGAGCCCUCGAUCCGCGGUUCAACGAGUUGUGCCUGGAAAAGCGAUCUGGUAGUUUGGGGCAGUAGCGAACCUGCGUUAACCUUACUAGACGUGAAAUCGAAGACUUUCAGCACUCUUCCGUUGCCGAAGCCUUUUUCACCACCAGCGUUGCGACUUCGUUUCGCCCCAGGCCGUGGAAACUAUAAGUUGUUGAUCAUGCACCCGGAUGGACUUGAAGUCUGGGAUUUGAAAGACAUGAAGCCGUAUUCGCAUUUGAUCGCACCAGUGGAUAUGGUACAAAUCCUGGAUGCCGACUGGGCUGCAUCGGAUCAAGUAAUGGUCAUCACUGCUGAUGGCUGUGUCCGCAUCAUUCGUGUUGACUUCAAGCACCCAGCGUGUUCCCCUCUGGAGGAGUAUGAAAGACCAGAUCCUCUAGCUUGCCCGGGACUUCUUCCAAAUCGAGUUUUGCUUGCGCUGGAAGCACUUCUUCAGUUGUAUCAUUCGUGGGAAGACCCGGGACCAUCACUCGUUUCAUUCCAUGGAUCCAGAGCUUUUGAAAUUUUAAAGAGUCAAGUGGGACUUAUUCCCGACAACGCCAGACGAAUUUUACGAGCAUUUCAAGGUGACAUUCCAGUGAGGUGCCUCGUGGCAUCUCUCGUUACUGGUGAUCUCUGGGGUUUCCACUUCUGGACUGUUGCGAAAUAUUAUUUGGAACAGACGAGGAUGACGAAACUUGGCACAUGGGAUAGGGAAAGUCUACCAUCCCUUGGCUCCUGGCUUGACAUAUUGCGAGAUGGAGGAGCAUUUGAGGAAAUGCAAGUCCAGAAUUUAUUCCUCCAAGAAGGCCGUGGUUGCUCCACGGACCUUGCCAUAAAAAUUGCAGAACAUGGGAUCCUUCUGAAGCAGUGGAGUUACUCAUCCCGCCUGUUCAUGGAGAGUGAACCGCAUCGAUCCGACUUUUACCGAGACAUGCUUCGAGUUUGCCUUGUUUCAUCUCUCCGUGACAACAAGAACUCACAAAGCACUGUCAAAAUGGUCGCCACAAACCUUAUUGCGAACGAUCAAUUGUGGGAAGGAGUUCAGCUUUUGGUGCUGAUCGAUAAAGGCAUUGACGCAUGCCGGUAUUUGAUCUCGCACAAGCAGUGGGAUGCAGGUGUUUGGCUAGCAAAAAGCAUUCUACCACAAGAUGAAGCUUCCGAAAUUCUGUGCAAAUACGCUGAGCAUCUGUCGGACAAUGGACAAAAGGCGAAAGCUGCUCUUGUGUUUCUCUCGAAUUUAAAGUGGGACAGAGCUAUCGACUUACUCAUGGAUUUAGGUCAAAUAUCUCGUGCCGCCUUGCUCGUACUUGCUUGUAAGCAGUACGACAUCCUUACAUCUGAGAAUCCGGAAAGGAAAGGUGAUGCUGUUGUAAUGGAAGCUUUCCACCAGUACUUAACCGACAUUGGAUUCAACUCCAGCGGAGACAUUUUGUCGGCGUUACAAGAGGGCUCGGGUUACAUGGCGAAUGUUCCAAAAUUCUUCAUCUUUUCGCUGCUGUGCCACGUGCUUUUCUUCCUUUCGGUCUUCGAAAUACACUUCAAGUCGCCGAUCAUUCAUGGAAUGACUGAUGUCCAAGUCGACUGGUUUUCGGCGGAGCCACGUGCCAAGCGGAUUGUGAUAUUCAUAGCCGACGGGCUGCGGUAUGACAAAUGGCAAGAAUUCAUCGCACUUCAGCCCAGCAGUUUUAUGGCUCGUACUUCGAAAGGAGAUCAUUGUUCGGUGGGUAUAUCUAAUACACGCGUUCCGACCGAAACCCGCCCCGGGCAUGUCGCGUUACUGGCUGGAAUUUACGAAGAUCCGAGCGCUGUUUUUCGAGGCUGGCAAGACAAUCCAGUGGACUUCGAUUCCGUGCUGAAUAAAAGCUCGACUUCUGUUUCCUGGGGUGCUCCCGACGUUGUUCUGAUGUUCAGAAAGGGCGGAGCGGAGAGGCAUUCAAAAUUCUACGCAUAUGAUCACGACACCGUAGAUUUUGCCGAGAAAAAUGCAUCUAUUACCGAUGCUUGGGUUUUCAAUGAAGUUCAAAAGUUUUUCGAAUAUGGUGGUGAAUUUCCCGCGUCACAUCAGCAGGGCGUAGUUUUCCUCUUGCAUCUUCUCGGAAUGGAUCUAGUCGGCCACAACAAGAAGCCGCACUCGAAAGAUUAUAUGGACUGUCUGACUUUCGUGGAUCGAGGCAUAAAACAAAUGGUUCAGUUGUUCCAGAAAAUUUACCCGGAUAAUCGGACCGUUUUUCUAAUCACAGCUGACCAUGGAAUGACGGAUUGGGGAUCCCAUGGAUCUGGUAGUGAUGCGGAAACGCAUACGCCUCUGAUGAUCUUCGGGGAACCUUGGGCUACAACUUCAGAGCUUUUCGUGAAUCAAGCUGAUAUUGCUCCAACCAUAUCAGCAUUGGUUGGCAAUCCACUUCCUGUUAAUUCAGUGGGAUUCGUCCCAUUCACAAAUUUUAGACAUGCGUAUGGUCUUCCCUAUGCCGUAAAAGUUACGCUGACGAAUGCACUCCAAUUAUUGAGCCAGGUGGAAGCGUUGGAACAGAUGCACGCUUCAAGCAUUUCGUAUCGCAGUUUUCCUUUUCGUGAUUUGGAAGAUCGACAAGACAGAAUUACACGUAUCAAGGUUUUCAUUAGAAGUUCAAAUUUUGAAAAAGCUGCAAUGGAAAUUAUUUCGCUUCGUUCCUUGGCCGCCGAAGCAUUGGAAUACUAUCAGUUUCUGCGGAAGCCCGCGAUGAUGCUUUCUGUGCUGUGCAGCUAUGUAAUUUGGCUCGGAAUAGUUGGAGGAGAGAUCAUCGCGAAAGUUUAUGACUUGAACCGAGCGACGGAAUUCGGACGCUAUUCACAAAUUUUCUGCCUUUUGGCGAUCGGAACAGCGGCCCUCCUCUUCCUCGAAAAUUCGGAACUCUCUUCAUACGUGUACUUCUGUUUGCCAUUUUUGUUGUUGAGUGGACUUGUAACCAGAGAAACCGCGCUAAGUGAGGUACGAAAAGUUGUGACGGAAAACCGUACCUUUGGUUUAAUUGUGACAGCCCUGGUUUGUUCAUGGUAUGGUUGCUUUACUUACCGGCCGACGUUGAUGUGUUCCGCGGUGAUCUUGAGUGUUUGGCCGUGGAAAGACCCGUCAUUGAAAUCCAGCACUGUCACCCAUUUGAAGUGCAAUUAUUCGAUUUCAAGCCUCCUCCUUGGAGCAUUUGCAUUAACUCCAGUUGUCGGAAAAAUUUCGGAUUAUGGGUUCGUGUAUGCUGGUUGCGUAUUGUGUUCCAUCAUCCUGGGAUCGAGAUCUAAGUACGGGAUUUUGCGAUCUGUGGCGUUCAUCGUAUGUGGGCUAAAUGUCCUCCUGACUGUUACGACUGUGGACCUAGGACGGGGCUCGCCGUUUGUUUCUCGAGUGUUGAGUUGGGGUGCUUUGACGAGCAUUGUGCCAGUGUGCUUCACAAAAAAAGACGAGAGGGAGCUGAAUUUUUUGACAGCAUUAAGCUGCGUUUUUCUUCUUCUGUCAAUUCGUCAUGAGGCGAUUUUCUUGCCGAUCCUGAUUUAUAAUUGCAAAGCGUGGCGUUCGUUGGAAUUUUGUUCAGACGAACAGCUUUAUCCGGGUCCAAUUGCGGAGAAGUCGCCCGAUUUCCGUCAAAUACGUCGACCUGUGUUCCUCGUCAUCUACGCGUUACUUGCUUUUUUUGGCACCGGCCGGGGUAGAUAUUGGCCUCUGGACAAGCCGUCCUCGCGGGGGUACUGGACAACUGGCGGAGCAACCGGAGAGGGAGCGCCGUUAACGACACGAGAAGCCGCAUGGUUCACCGUUUCCGGGAGUGAUGGCGCAGUCGCCCGGCCGGUGUUGGAUGGCUGGGAUAACCGCCUGAACCCGAGAAUUGUGUUGCAGUACUUCCACGCUGCCCCUCCAGAGGGCUGUUUCCUACCACUCCAUCCCUCAGCGCCAUAA